AUGGAUUCUGUUAUUGGAUUUUGGGGUGAGCCGACUGCUACAAACUGGUGUGAGAGAAACUAUGACGUAACACAUUAUAUUGCUGAAUUUUUCAAUACAAUUUCAUCCUUAUGCAUGGUUUCUGCCGGAAUUUUUGGUAUUUAUAAGCAUUCGAAAGGCUUUGAACCUCGAUAUUCUAUAUGUUUUGCUUCAAUAAUUGUGGUAGGAAUUGGUUCGAUCCUAUUUCAUGGCACGCUACUCUUUUCCUUACAAUUAUUCGACGAAGUACCAAUGAUGUUCUGUGUCUUGAUGUUGUUUUAUUCGGUAUUCGAAAAUCAAAAAGAGAAGAAAUUCGGUAAAUGGUUUCCUAUCGGAUUAACUAUUUGGGGUCUGCUUAUUACUACAAUUAUGAUAUUAAGUGGGAAAGAUCAUGAAGAUAGAAUGAUGCAAUUGAUUGAAUUUUAUGUUUUUCAAGGAACAUUCGUAGUAAUGGCAGUAUGCGUUUACAUACAUACAUUAUCUAUCGUAUUUAAUCCAAAUGUUGAAAAGGGUGUUCGUAAAUUAUGGUUCUUGGGAAGUGUUGUAUUUUUAAUUGGCUAUAUUGGAUGGCAUAUUGAUUUACAUUUUUGUAGUAGAAUGCAUCAAUUGCCGUAUAAUCCCCAAUUACAUGCAUGGUGGCAUUUUACGGCUUCAUAUGGAAGUUAUCUAAUAUGUGUACUCGUAACCUAUAAUGGAUCAAAAGUAUUGGGUAAGAAUCCGAGUUUACGAUGGAUAUUAAAUGUUUUACCAUAUAUUGAAUUACCAGAACCAAGUUCUUUGACUGAGAAAUCCGCAAUUUAUGUAAACGAAAAGAUUGAAAAGGUGACAAAUUAUGGUACCAUCAUUAGAAAAAAUGGUGAAAUGGAUAAACGUGUUAAUGCUAUUAAUAAUUAA